CUAUUUACGUCCGCACUCACUCAAGAGGGUUGGACGAAAUGUCGUCUGUCAGGGUUAACUGUGAUCAGCCAGUGAAAUAUCCUCGAAAUUGACACGUAGCUGGCUUACCGAGGGAGUAGGGUCAGCCCUGUGGUUAGCUAGCGGUCACAUAAAGAUGUUGUUACAUGGCGUGAAAUAAUUUAUCAGAUAACGGAUACAUAAAACAGGUUUACCAUCCGUUUCUUUGUUUUGCGGACCCUGGCAGAGGUAUGGCUGUGGGGCAGAAACCAAGCAGCGCAGAGACAUUUGUUUUGGCUGGAUCGAAUGGACAUAAUGAGACGAGGCACUCCGGUUUGAAUGACACUGUGCAGAAUCACACCGCCGCCCACCGAAGCUCAGGGAGGGCCAGAGUCGCGUCCGACAUGAGGUACAAGUGUGCUGCUUAUGUGCUGGCCCUGCGGCCGUGGAGUUUCAGCGCCUCCCUCACACCGGUGGUGCUGGGCAGUGCCCUGGCCUACAAGCUGGAGGGCUCUGUGGACUUGGUCAUCCUCAUGGUGUGUGCUGUGGCAGUGCUGGUGGUGCAUGGGGCAGGAAACCUGGUUAACACUUACUAUGACUUCUCCAAAGGGAUCGACCACAAGAAGAGCGAUGAUAGGACUCUGGUGGAUGAGAUCCUGGCGCCGCAGGACGUGGUCAUGUUCGGAGCGCUGCUCUACUCUCUGGGCUGCUUGUGUGCCACCCUACUCUACUUUAUCUCCACUUUGAGGAUGGAGCAUCUGGCCCUUAUUUAUUUUGGAGGGCUCUCCAGCUCUUUUCUGUACACAGGAGGCAUUGGUCUUAAGUACGUGGCCCUGGGGGACGUGGUGAUCCUGAUCACGUUUGGCCCCCUGGCGGUAAUGUUUGCCCACGCUGUGCAGGUGGGCUACCUGUCUGUCCUGCCUCUGGUCUACGCCGUUCCCCUGGCCCUCAACACAGAGGCCAUCCUUCACAGCAACAACACCAGAGACAUGGACUCUGACAAACAGGCGGGCAUCGUCACUCUGGCCAUUCUCAUUGGGCCCACACUGUCCUACAUCCUCUUCAACCUCCUGCUGUUUGUCCCCUACGUGCUCUUCUGCAUCCUGGCCACCCACUACACCAUCAGCAUGGCCCUGCCCCUGCUCACGUUACCCAUGGCCUUCCCCCUGGAGAGGCAGUUCCGCAGCCAGUGCUAUUCCAAGAUCCCCCAAAAGACGGCCAAGCUCAACCUCCUGAUGGGACUUUUCUAUGUCUUUGGGAUCAUUCUGGCACCUCAAGGCAGCUUACCGCUACUGUGAUCGAAUUGUAGCUUCUUUGUAUAGCUAUUAUUAUUAUUUUUUAUACAGACUAGUUUAUGUACAUCUUUGUAUUUGUAAUAAUUUACUUGAGUUCAAAGGCUUUAAUUUAUUGUCUAAUUUAUACAUCCAGAGAAACUGACAGUUGAGUUACUCUUCUGUAAUACUGACAGAUAUAACCAGAUGUGUAACUGGUCCAGUAUUUUGCAGAGUUCUGUGUAUCGAUUGAAGUCUGAGAUGUGUUCAGACUCAUUUGGUAUAAGACCACAGUACAGAGGACAUUUCAUGUCCUGAUGCCUCAAAAUGAGGACAGACAUUGAAAAAACUGUUGCCAUGCGUUGCGUCGGGCCCUUAGACUUGCUACCAGUGAUGCAAUUCUUCAAAAUGUCAAUAAACCAAAUCUAAACCUUUUAAUCUCUUAAAUUGAAAUGUCUGUUUUUUUGCUAAUGUUAAGACAAUAGCCUGAUUUAUUCAUCAGGGUUUGAGGUUAAAAUUAUGAAUUGCAAUAAUGUUGUUGUUUUUUGGUAUGAGAUGGUAGCCUUGUUAUUAUCAGGUUUUGGAGUCAAGGAUUGGUAAUUUCCAUUUCUGUUUUAGUUUUAGACAGAGGAGUGCAACGAUUCAUUGAUCCAGUCCAUAAACAAAUAUAAAUUAAUGUGAUGCAUUGUGAGUACAUGGAAAUGCCCCCAAAUGGUCCAGAUCUCAGCCUAAUUUGCAUUGGACCAGUUAGUGACCUUUUAGGAUUUUACUGUUAGGCUGUAUGUUUUGGGAAGUUAUGGAUUCAUUAAGAAAUGACAUCUAUUGUCUUUGUUUUUCUUGUUCCUCGCAUAAUGCAGAAAUUGUCAUUUUUAUUUAUUUACUUCAGGUUCUUCUAUCAGAAUUUGAUAUUGAAAUAAUUUUGACUAUUUCAGAGAAGACUAUAGCCUUACAUUUUUGUAAGGUUUUGAAAUAUGCAAUGUAAAUGGGGCCACUGCACUGUGUGCCCAUACUCUGCCACACAGCUUUCUGUUGAGCUUCAAACUUCAGGUUUGAAUAAGACAUCAAUUCCCCAAUUGGAGCCCAAUGCUUAUCAUUAGAAAUGCAAGCCCACAGUAUUAAUCAUCUGGAAGCCAGUAGACUUGUAUUCAUUUGUAAAUAACUUGUGUUUUCUAUGGAACAGGCCUGGGACAUUACCAUUGGACUUCUUGUCAGCCAAAGUACUCAGUCUGAUGGUAAAAAUUUGCAUCAUGUUAAUUUACUUAAUGUAGACACAAAAUACCUUUAUAGAGGGUAUUGUAUACCUUAAAAUAGCAAUCUGCAGUUGCUACAUACAUUUUUUAAAAACGUAUACAUUAAUAAUGUACCCAUUGAUUUUUGAAGAAUAUAACUUAGAAAUGCCUCAUGAGCUUAGUUCAAUUGUUGUACCCCAUCAGAAUCGAACAUAAAUCAAUGUUUGUAAACAGACAAUGUAAACCAACACUGUACAAAACAUUAUGAACACCAGCUCUUUCCAUGACAGACUGAUGAGGUGAAA